CUACAUUCAUUCCGAUCGUCAACGCCAUGUUUGCCGCGAACAAAUAUUAUGUGAUUAUUUUAUUCGUUCAUUUAUUACCCCGCUGCGCAUCGAUUGCAAAUCACACAGGCCACCCAGGUGAUUAUAUCUUCCUUGUAGCCGGAGGCCAACGCAUACCAGAAAUUCAAAACUAUACCCGAUACAUGGUGUCAUUGCGUUCCCGCACGGUGACUCGUUAUUUUGGCGAUAAUCAUUAUUGUGCUGGCAUCAUUAUCAGCCCCCUAUGGAUACUCACAUCGGCACAAUGCGCAGUACACGCAUCGAAAAUUCCCCGACGUCCACGCUCAAUUAUUGUAGUGGCCGGCACAGAGAAUCGCAUAGAAAAGAGUCCAACAACAAGCUUAAUAGCAGUCGAUCGUGUAAUUUCUAAUCCCAAUUUUACGCUCUAUGGUAGCAACGAUAUAGCAUUGCUACGUUUAAAAACAAAAAUUCAGCUAAACGCACGCACACAAAUUAUGCCGUUGCCAAAUACGCCACCGCCCUAUGGAUCACGGUGCGUAGUACUCGGUUGGGGGAGGAUUUAUUAUAAAGGUCCGCUUGCCGCAAUGGUGUCACAUGUCGAGCUCAUACUCUACACUGAGGAUGAAUGUAAGAGAAGCCAUCCGCAUUUCGCUGCAGGCGACUUGUGUGCCGGCGAUAAUGUAAACUUCGAUCAUGAUCCUUGUCGUGGUGAUGCAGGCGGUCCACUUAUUUAUGUUGAAGUAUUCGGUUAA